AUGACGAAACCAGUUAUUCUCCUCGUUCCUGGCGCCUGGCAUUCCCCAUCUGGCUUCGCGCCACUGACAAACUAUCUGACACAACACGGUUAUAUUGUCGAAGGGAUCUCGCUACCUUCAGUUGGCUCCUCUCCACCACAGAUGACUUUCGAUGCCGACGUGCAGGCUAUCGCUUCCGCCAUCAGUAGACACUCCGAUGAAGGCUCCGAUAUUGUUAUCCUCUUCCAUUCCUAUGGCGGUAUACCGGGAACAUCAGCCUGUAAAGGUCUUUUGAAGUCCGACCGUUCAUCAACUGGGCGAAACAGAGGUAUCGUACACUUGAUUUACUGUUGCGCGUUUGCAGUGGAAGAAGGUGUAUGUCUGAUGGAUGGAUUGGGAGGUCAACCACUACCAUGGUUCAAGUUUUCAAGUGAUGGGAAAUCUCUGAUGCCUGAAACGCCAGAGGACAAAUUUUACCACGACAUUGACGACCCAAAACUCUUGCAGGAGUUGGUCAGCAACCUCAGGCCUCAAAGCUAUGGUCCAUAUUUUAGCAAAAGCACGUACGCUGCAUGGCGAGACGUGCACAGUACUUAUGUGAUGUGUCAGGAGGACCAGGCACUGCCAUUUGAGGUACAGCGAACAAUGGUGGCCAAUGUGAAGAAGGUGCUUGCCGAGAGUGGUGGCAGGAUUGAAAUGCAGGUUCAUACGCUAGAUUCAAGUCACAGUCCAUUCUUGAGUCGUCCAAAAGAGCUUGGAGACAUUGUGCGGAGCGUUGCAGAGAGUUUUCAGACGCUAGGACAGGGAGAGCUCUCUUCCGAAUCUUAG